AUGGCAAAAAAAUGGGGCAAAGGGGGACAAAACGUUGGCACGCUGGACCAUUGUGGGAUGAGGAUGUGCGCAGUCUCGGAAGAGCAGCAGGGGAUGCCCGCGCUGCCGCUAGAGGUGAAGACGGAGAUUGUGCGACAUUUGAGUCAGCAUGACCUGGUCGGGCUGGCUAGCGUGUCACGGGCGUUCCAUGGCACCGCACUCGCUGCCAUAUAUCGCGAAGUGGUUGUGGAGGUGGGGGAACGGGGGCCCGUGGAACGAAGCGCUGUUGGGCGUGGGACCGUCAUUCGGUCUGCAGCCUCUUGGCGGCGUUUCGUUGGGGUGGUGCGGGAAAGGCGCACGCGCGGCGAGCUCGUGCGCGCAGUGCGCAUCCUGUGUCUCCCGGUAGGGGUAAAACGCUGCGAGUCCCAUUACUUCGUGCAGGAGGUGCUGCCGCUGCUGACACAAUUACGGGAGUUUCGGUACCACAUCAGGGCAGACUGGAUCCCGGAUGAUGUGUAUGCUCAUCUGCCCCAGCAGAUAGCGCUUAUAGACAUGCCGCUGAAACCGAUAGUCGCGGCACGAAAACAGAAAUUCCUCAUACAGGAGCUGCUGUGCAAGACGUAUGUGUGCAAAGGUGCACUGCACCAGUAUCUGAGGGACAUAAGCGCCUGUUCGUGGGAAUUGCGGCAGAACCUUACCAAGUUGCAGCUGCACCGUGAUGGCAUGUCGCACUCUUUUACGCCGCGGGCUGUGAACGUCGGUCAGUCGUUGGUUGUCACACAAUAUAUGAUAGACAAUAACUUGCCUCAGCCGGAUGGCGCCAUAAGGGACUUUGCAGUCAUCUAUGGCGACCUAGAUACGAACUUCUGGGACUUCUUGAAGGAUAUCGGUCCCUUGGAGAACUUACGAGAGUUAGACAUCUCAGGUGCAGACUUCAGGCCCUCUGACGCAGUGACGGUCCGAAACAACAUAGCUCUGCGCCACGUGGAAACGCUCUCCUUCACUAAUGUCAAUGAGAUCCAGGUAUUACCGGAAAUCUCAUACGAAGUUAGCGACAUGCGAUGGCUUUUGGAUACGCACUUCCGUCAGGGCUUCCUCCCGUCUAUUGCCAGAGAAUUCAGGAAUCUGCGCAGACUGCGACUAGACUACAAGGAAGCUGUGCGAGAUAGCACACCCGAAUUUCUGAAAGAGCUUGCUGGCGCAGGUGUCCGGUUAGUUGAGAUCGACCUCAUGAUCCGUUGGGACAAGAGUCGGGCGCUGACGGAGACAUGGGAGUCUACCACAGAACGCUACGUCCAGGGCAUCACGGCACACCGUGCAACCCUGAAUAAGCUAUCACUGCUGGCGAAAGAGGAGUUAAACUAUUUCGAAUUGCACAAAAAUAUCCCCGCGGCAUCUCUCUCAAAACUGGCGCGCUGUGAAAAUAUUCAGUCCCUGCGCAUAUAUGGGGACUCUCUGCAGAACUGUGGCGGGGAUUUACUCGAAGCUUUUCCCCGUCUCAAAUACCUCGACCUGUGCGGCAGAGAGGCCGCAGGCCCUCCGCAUUUGGGCCUAUAUCCCGCGCGCGAAGCGAAGCUCGACAACUGGUAUCGUACGAUUCAUAUACCCGUCCGGCUUGCGGAAAGAAUUACCCCGCUGCGUUUUGUCAGGAUUAACACGUGCCUGUUUGAGUGCCCCGCCGACGGGCCCGUAUCACCAUGCCCUCAAGGUUUCGACCGCUGGUUCGAGCGCCGGACCCGCGUCUCCAUGGCAGAUGAUUAG